CUCUGCCGGGAGCUGGGAUCGAUCCUACAACCCUCCGAUUGCUGGACAACCUGCUCUACCUUCUGAGCUAGAUGCCUGCUGAGCUGAAACCACUCUCUUGCAUAACAGCCAAGAGGCUCCGCCUCCACCUGUUCAAGCUGAAGCAACUUGAUUCUGUCUGCAGGAGCCAUGUGGACCUGAAGCCCCAAUUGGAUGUUUUAAAUCAUUAACUCAGAAUUCUGGUUCUGGUCAAAAAAACAGGAAGCUGAAGUAUAGAAAUAAAUUAAUCACAACAGCCACAAGUAAAACAUUUCUAAUAAUAAAAAAUACAGACAAUAUAAGAGGAUUCUUUACAAACAGAACCAGUGGGCUAACAUAAACCUGGUUAUGCUGUUCUAGCUGUGGUCCCUGGGUGACAGCAGAGUCUCUGGGCUCUGGAAGAACUAAAACUAUUACCCAGAGUUCCAGAGGAAUGGGAGGGAGGGGCAUUACCUGCCCACACCUGCAGAGUCGAGACUCUGAAGACUGAAGGAAGAAAAACAGAAGCUUGACUCAGAAAAACAUGUUACAAGAAAACCAAACCUGAGGUGUCCCUUCAGCACAGAGCAGGUCCAAGUUGGUCCUGAGUUCAACUAGAUUACCUGGAUCACCCUGAUCCAUCUGGAUCUCACUGACUCAAGAUUUCUCAACCCUAAACUGAAGCAGGAAGUACGACUGCAGCAGACAUGGGCAGUAAGGAGCAGUACCACUGGCAGGCCCAGAAUGUAAAGGUGAGCGGCGUGGAUGACAUGGUGCUUCUAUCCAAGAUCAACGAGGACGCCAUCACCGACAACCUGAAGAAGAGAUACAUGGACGACUACAUCUUUACUUAUAUUGGUCCAGUUCUAAUCUCAGUGAACCCGUUCAAACAGCUGCCAUAUUUCACUGACAGAGAGGUGGAGCUAUACCAGGGAGCGGCUCAGUACGAGAAUCCCCCCCACAUCUAUGCGUUGGCAGACAAUAUGUACAGGAACAUGAUGAUUGAUGCUGAGAACCAGUGUGUCAUCAUUAGUGGCGAGAGCGGAGCAGGAAAAACUGUUGCUGCCAAAUACAUCAUGAGUUAUGUCUCUAAGGUUUCUGGAGGAGGAGAGACGGUUCAGCAUGUCAAAGAUAUCAUCCUGCAGUCCAAUCCACUGCUGGAGGCCUUUGGAAAUGCCAAGACUGUUCGCAACAACAAUUCCAGUAGAUUUGGAAAAUACUUUGAGAUUCAGUUCAGUCGAGGGGGAGCUCCUGAUGGAGGAAAAAUCUCCAACUUCCUGUUGGAGAAAAGUCGAGUGGUUUCCCAGAAUCCAGGAGAGAGAAACUUCCAUAUCUACUACCAGCUGCUAGGUGGGGCUAGCAAGGAGCAGAGGGAGAACCUGGGCGUCACAACACCUGACUACUACUAUUACCUGAACCAGUCAGGAACCUACACUGUGGAGGACAUAAAUGACAAGAAGGAGUUCUCAGAUACUAUGGGGGCCAUGUCUGUUGUGGGUCUGUCUUUGGAUGAUCAGGAUUCAGUUGUUCAGCUCGUAGCAGGAAUUCUCCACCUGGGAAACAUCAGCUUCAGGGAGGAAAACAACUACGCUGUGGUGGAGAGUCAGGAUUUCCUGGCCUUCCCAUCAUACCUGCUGGGUAUCCCUCAGAACGCCCUCUGCAGUAAACUCACCAGCCGGAUCAUGGACAGUAAGUGGGGUGGGAAAACCGAGACCAUCUCUGUCACCUUGAACACGGAGCAGGCCUGUUUCUCCAGAGAUGCCCUGUCCAAAGCUCUGUACGCUCGUCUCUUUGACUUUCUUGUUGAUAGUAUCAAUAAAGCCAUGCAGAAGGAGCAGGAAGAACACAACAUUGGAGUGCUGGAUAUCUACGGCUUUGAGAUUUUCCAGCAAAAUGGAUUUGAACAGUUUUGCAUCAACUUUGUGAACGAGAAGUUGCAGCAGAUUUUUAUUGAACUCACGCUGAAGGCCGAACAGGAGGAAUAUGUUAAAGAGGGAAUCAAAUGGACACCUAUUGAGUACUUUAAUAACAAAGUUGUCUGUGACCUCAUCGAGUCCAAACUGAAUCCUCCAGGGAUCAUGAGCAUCCUGGAUGAUGUGUGUGCCACGAUGCAUGCUAAAGGUGAAGGGGCGGAUCAAACGCUGCUGCAGAAACUGCAGGGACAAAUCGGAUCUCAUGAGCACUUCAGCAGCUGGAACAAAGGAUUCGUUGUUCACCACUACGCCGGCAAGGUGUCGUAUGAUGUCACUGGGUUCUGUGAGAGGAACAGGGACGUUUUGUUCACCGACAUCAUUGAGCUGAUGCAAAGCAGCGAGUUUCCGUUCAUUAAAGCGUUGUUCCCGGAGAACCUGGAGGCAGAAAAAAGAGGGAGGCCAACCACAGCUAGCAGCAAGAUCAAGAAACAAGCAAAUAGUCUGGUCCAAACCCUCAUGAAGUGCACCCCCCACUACAUCCGCUGUAUUAAACCCAAUGAGACCAAACGUCCCCGGGACUGGGAAGACAACCGUGCUAGACACCAGGUGGAGUACCUGGGCCUCCGGGAGAACAUCCGUGUCCGUCGGGCUGGAUAUGCAUACCGACGACCCUUCAAUAAGUUUCUGCACAGAUAUGCCAUCCUGACCAAGGAGACCUGGCCUCAGUGGAGGGGUGAGGAGCGUAAGGGCGUCCUGCAUCUCCUCCAGUCUGUCAACAUGGAUCAGGAUCAGUUCCAGCUGGGAAAAGCUAAACUCUUCAUCAAAGCACCAGAAUCGCUAUUCCUGCUGGAGGAAAUGAGGGAGAGGAAGUACAAUGGUUAUGCUCGUGUCAUUCAGAAGGCGUGGCGCAAACACAUCGCCGUCCGCAAAUAUGUCAAGAUGAGGGAAGAAGCCUCAGAUAUUCUCCUGAACAAGAAAGAACGGCGCAGAAACAGCAUCAACAGGAACUUCAUGGGUGACUACAUUGGAACUGAAAACCAUCCUGAGAUCAGACAAUUCGUUGGACGAAGAGAAAGAAUCGACUUCGCUGAUGUGGUGGUGAAGUUUGACCGAAGAUUUAAGACAGUAAAACGGGACCUCAUCCUGACCCCAAAGUUCCUGUACAUGAUUGGACGUGAGAAGGUGAAGCAGGGUCCAGAUAAAGGCCAGAUCCAAGAGGUUCUGAAAAGGAAGAUUGAGCUCAACAAAGUCCAGUCCGUUUCUCUGAGUACCCUGCAGGAUGACAUCUUCAUCGUCCACGAGGAGGAGUACGACAGCGUUCUUCAGAGCGUCUUUAAAACAGAAUUCCUCAGUCUUCUGGUAAAACGUUACCAAGAGAAGACUGAGAAGAAACUGCCUCUGAAAUUCAACAACCUUCUGGAGUUUAAAGUGAAGAAGGGAGGCUGGAUUCCAUUUAGCUCUUCAGGCUCCAGGCAAAUCCAGUUUCAAGCAGGUCAAGGGGAUACGGUGUUGCUUAAGCCGAGUGGGAAAGUCCUGCAAGUCUCCAUCGGACCGGGUCUCCCCAAAAAUUCUAGACCAACAAGAAAGGACAACCGCAAAAGCUGUUACGCUGGCAGCAGAGCUGCGCCCACUAACCAGGACAACUCUGCCUCCUUGAGAGGAAGUAAGGCACAAAAAGGACAGCAUACCUCCUACAGAGGCUCUCUGCUGAAGAAGCAGGCCAGCAUGGAGCACCCCACAUUGCCCCGCCUCCACAACAAACAUCGCUCUGGCAACCAGCCCUCUCAGAACCAGGAUAUGGGCUUCAUGGGUGUCCCUGAUCAGGGUGCAGCAGGGCUGCAUCGGCGCCUCUCUAAGGAGGUGAAACCAGUUCCAGGAGUGGGUCGACCCAAGCCUAAGCCCCGAUCUCCUCAUUGUCGAGCUUUGUAUGCCUAUGAUGCUCAGGACACCGAUGAGCUCAGCUUUAAUGCUGAUGAUGUCAUCGAGAUAAUAAAAGAAGAUCCAUCUGGUUGGUGGUAUGGUCGGUUAAGGGGAAAAGAAGGCAUGUUCCCAGGAAACUAUGUGGAGAAGAUCUAGACCUCCUCUAUGGGGUCAGGGGUCAUUGCCUUGCAGCUGUAGCCACUGGGACAUCAUUUAUCUGCUUCCCAGAUAUGAGGCAAUAACCCAUUCACGGGUACAUGUUUCAGCCUGAGUGACACCUGUCAUUUAUCCAGAGGGUCAGAAGUCAGUCCCACUUGGUUUAGCAUCUGAUCAUCUCAGGGUUUAAAGUAGAAGCUCAGUUAGUGUUUAAAUCAGUGUUACCAUGGAGAUCUAUCAAGUGUAACGUGCCAGCCCUUCAAGCUCCAGUGUUUUUAUGGUCAUAAAACCAUAACAGUUUUAUAGCUUCCCCAUAACAAAAGGGAGCGAUGCGUGGGAUUUUAAAACACAUUUUGUCUCUGAUCAAACAGAAAAUUAAAUUGAACUAGAACAAAAGAUUGUUGGGUUUGUUUUCUGUACAUUUUAAAGAUUAGAUGUAUUUUUUAAAAUUAAUUCAUCUUUGAGAUUAAUUAAAUGUUGUUUGUGCACCAACUGAUUCUGGAUCAGCCAACAAACUGAUGUAACACAAAGGCAGAUGGUCAAACUGAAAUAAAAUUGAGUCCAAUGAA